CCGAUCCGUGUCGCGCGAACGGACCCUGCGUACUGAAAAUUGGCCCCACCCCUCCAUCUCUCAACCAAUGAGGUUUCACGUGAGGCCCGGUGUUCCCUUAGCCAAUGGACUCUGCCUCCCCCCUGCCGUCCCACUCUGUCUACCAAUGGGAAUAGGGCGCCCGGGGUCGGGUUCGUUUUCAUCUUACCGGCGCGCGACAAAAGUUUCAGGGGGUGGGCGGGGCUUCAGCUUGGCGCAAAGAUGGCGGCCCCGGGCAAACGGAAACUCGGGGCCGCCACUCCCAGCAGCGGCGCCGGGUGGAGGAAGCGAGGCUCGGGGGCUGCCGGGCCGCAGGGAAGCGGCCAGGGCCAGGGGCAGCCACAGUCGCCCUUCGUGGAAGGCUCUAUAGUCAGGGUCAUGAUGGAGAAUUUCCUAACAUAUGAUAAUUGUGAAGUGUCUCCAGGACCUCAUUUGAACAUGAUAGUAGGAGCCAAUGGAACAGGAAAGUCAAGCAUUGUGUGUGCCAUUUGUCUGGGAUUGGCAGGAAAACCUUCUUUCAUAGGACGUGCAGACAAGGUUGGUCUGUAUGUAAAGCGAGGGUGCUCUAAAGGCUUGGUUGAAAUUGAACUGUUUAAGACUCCUAACAAUCUCAUUAUCACACGUGAGAUUCAUGUUGCAAACAAUGCAUCAGUGUGGUUUGUCAAUAAAAAGCCCUCAACCCUGAAAAUAGUAGAGGAGCAAAUUGCAGCCUUAAAUAUCCAAGUGGGAAAUCUGUGCCAGUUCCUUCCUCAGGACAAAGUUGGUGAAUUUGCAAAACUGUCUAAGACUGAGCUUCUUGAAGCCACAGAGAAAUCAGUUGGCCCACCAGAAAUGUACCAAUUCCACUGUGAACUAAAAAACUUCAGAGAGAGAGAGAGAGAACUUGAAAAUUCAUUGCAAGAGAAAACUAAUUUCUUGGAGAAAAUGAAGCAAAGAAAUGAACGGUAUAAGCAAGAUGUGGAGAGAUACUAUGAACGCAAGCGUCAUCUAGAUUUAAUAGAGAUGCUUGAGAGAAAAAGACCGUGGGUGGAAUAUGAAAAUGUUCGCCAACAGCAUGAGGAGGUGAAACAAAACCGUGACCAUGCAAAGGAAGAAUUAAAAAAACUACAACAAACCAAAUCUCCCAUGACGCAGCAAAUCCAAGAAGUUGAAAAGCAAUGGAGGAAUUUGGAUAUAAAAAUCAAAGAGAAGGCUGCUGAAAUCAAAGACACUUCUCAAAGAUGUAAACAAAAACAAGAUGCAGUGGAGAAGAAAGACAAACAAAUUGAAGAAAUUCAGCAAGUUUUGAGAAUGAAAAGAGAUGAAGAAAUGGAUCGACAGAAGAGAAUACACAACGCUCGUAAGAUGAUAGAGGACUGGCAGAAUGAGCUCAACAGUACAGGAAACUCUGAGAAUCUUCAACCACAAAUUGAUUCUAUUAACAAUGAGCUGAGACAGUUGCAAGAAGAAAAGGCAAAUAUUGAUGGUGAAAUGACUGAUCUGCGAAGAGAGAGAGAGAACCUAGAGAGGGAAAAGAAAAGAGUAACUGAUCACAUUGUACAGUUUAACAAUAUGAUGAAUCUGAAGGAAGAUAAGCUCAGAGGGAGAUACCGAGAUACAUACAAUGCUCUUCUGUGGCUAAGGGAGAACAAAGAUCAAUUUAAAAGAAGUGUCUGUGAACCCAUGAUGCUUGCGAUAAACAUGAAAGACAAUAGACAUGCUAAAUAUAUUGAAAAUCACAUUUCAGCAAAUGACAUGAGGGCCUUUGUUUUUGAAAGUCAAGAAGACAUGGAAAUAUUUCUUCGGGAGGUGCGUGACCAUCAGAAAUUAAAAGUUAAUGCUGUAUGUGCACCCGCUGAGUCAUGUGCUGAAAAUAGACCUUCAAGAUCAGUUGAAGAGUUGCACCAAUAUGGUGUUUUCUCUUAUUUACGAGAGUUAUUUGAUGCUCCUCAUCCUGUGAUGAGUUACCUUUGUUCCCAGUAUCGUGUUCAUGAUGUCCCUGUGGGAACUGAGAAGACCAGAAGCAUGAUUGAAAGGGUCAUACAAGAAACCAAAUUUAAGCAAAUCUACACAGCAGAAGAAAGGUAUUCCGUGAAAGUGUCUGCUUAUACAAACCAAACUAUUUCUAGUAACGCAUCCCUGAGACCAGCGCAGUUUCUCACUGUCACAGUAGAUGCAGAUGAAAGAAGGCAGUUGGAAAACCAACUAAAGGAUAUUAAUAGACGUUUCGAGUUACGGGAUUCUCAAUUGCAUACGUUAUAUGAGGGGCAGAAGUAUCUGGAACGCAAAGAUAAUGAGCUGAGACAGCAAAAGAAGGAACAUUUGGAGAGAAAAAACAAAAGGAAACAACUGGAAUCAAAAAUUAGUAUGAAACACGAUAGUUUGAAACAGAUGGAGCAAGAUGCCAUCAAUCUAGAAGAGGAGUCUCAACAAACAAAUGCCAGGAUCAAAGAAAUUAAUAUCCAAAAAGCAAAACUUGUUACAGAAUUAAUGCAACUCAUAAAGAAUUGCAUAACAUUGAACAUCCUCAAAGUGGAUUUGGUUCUUCAGAGCACUACAGUGAAUUCCAAGAAGAAUAGACUAGAAUCUGAUUAUAAAGCAGCAACUGUACAACUAAGAGCUUUAGAGCAACAAGUUUCUGACUUGGGUGAAAAAAAACGUGUUCUUUUGGAGAAGUGCAAGGGACUGAUGAGGAAAGCUAGACAGGCGUGUAAUCUCAGCCCUGAUCAAGAAAUUCCAAAAGAUUUUCAGACUGCAUUCCAAGACCUUCCAAGCACAUUGGAUGAAAUUGAUGCUUUACUGAAUGAAGAGAAAUCAAGAGCCUCCUGCUUCACAGGCCUAAAUGCUUCAGUUGUUGAAGAAUAUAAUAGAAGGGCACAAGAAAUACAGCAAGUAACGGAGGAACUAGAGGAAAAGAAAAACGAAUUGGAGAGCUAUAGGCAAAACAUUUCACAAGUUAAAGAAAGGUGGCUAACACCUUUGAAACAGCUGGUUGAACAAAUUAAUGAAAAGUUCAGUAAUUUUUUUAGUUCUAUGCAGUGCGCUGGUGAAGUUGAUCUUCAUACAGAAAAUGAGUUUAGGAAUAACUCACCUGGAAGCAAGCAGGAGCAGAAAGGGUGUGGCCAAACUGUGCAAUGCCAAAACUCUUGAUCUGCCUCUAUGAGCUGCACAGAGAAGAGAGCAGCCCUGAUUCCAGAUCUGUGGGGGAGACUGCUAACAGAAAGGAAAUUAUCCUUAAGAAGUUUUCUAUUCAUUUAAAAUUUUUACAGAACUUAUUGUGCAAAGGUCAGCAUGGUAUAAUACAUGAUUAACCGUUAUCUUUUGUCUGCAACAACAAUAAAAAAGCUGAGGAACAGAAAUGAGUAUGCACAAAUAUGAAAACCAUGUUUACAUUCAGCUGGUACCAUUUUAAAAAAGGAUCAAAAAAAGAGGACUUUUAAAAUUUGCUUUUAAACUUACAAUCACUUAAAACCAAUUAUGAUAUUAAUAGAAUCUUCUGAAAAAAGAUCAUGGCUCUUGACAGAGAAAUGAAGAAUGAGAAACAAAGAAUUGUGUUAAUUGAGUACACUGACUCUCUUGGACAAGCAGACAUUUAAAAAAAAGACUUAUGAAGUAGAAUUAUUUUUUUAAUAGCACCUAAAUGGACAGCUUCAAGACCAUCUUAUCCUAAAAUCCAUUUAGAUGAACAGAAAUCACCAGCCCAGAUUUGCGGAUCACAGUGUAUCAAUGCAGUAUAUCAAAACCAUUGACUAAAGAUUGUGGCUUGGUGUGGGCAUAGGUACAAUAAAUAGGGUCUUCUCUGUGGGUAAAUUGGGAACUGUUGUAUUAAUUCCAAUGGAAUACAUGGGCUCAAAAAGUCAAAGGUGUUGACGUGACCCUGAAACUGCCCAACAUUGAACGGUUUGAAACAAGGUUUGGUAAAUACAGCAACCUCACAAAUGCUUAGUACCGUAGCUGUAGAGAGAGUUUUUUUUUUUUUUUUUUAGAAAAAAAAACCUCCCCUGUUGGACAGUCUCUUAGAUGGUGGUAACUCCUUUUGGGGGGGGGGAAAGAGAAAAAAUUGAGAUGGUCUGUAGUUGGUGGUGUUGUUGCUGUUGCUAAAGCUGCUAUUUCAUAGAAGAUAACAAGACACACAUACCCCAGAGGGGAAAGAAAAGAUCAACAAAGAUAGAAAACGCAGCUUCUUUUCUGGUGUUGACUCUCACUGCUGGAAAAACACGUUUGC